UUUGCUGAGUGGUUUUAAUUUGUAUUUCUCGUUGCAGACCUAUUUUUCUCUCUGUAUAAUUAUCUCCGUGCGAUCAACAUUCACCAAUCGUAUCCCAAAACCCUUCUCCAAAAAACCCUAGAAAUUCACGAUCGGCUAAAAAAGCAGAAAAUUCAUCUCUUCAAUUUGUUUUAUCGCCUCUUCAUAUCUUAAUCUCAUUUCUCCAGCGCCCGAUCCGCCUCAUUGAUUUUAUCAACUAUUUUUCUUUGCAGUUUGCUGAUAGAACUCAUAUCCGAUCGAUUCUAGGCUAUAGAAUCGGUCGACUUUGUAGUUUGUUAUUCCAAUCAGGCAAUGGUUUCAUUUGGUUGAUUUCAAUAUGAAGUUGAAACGGAGGAGAGCCGUUGAAGUGCCUCCAAGGAUUAAAUAUUUCAUCAACAAUGUUACUUCUACUCCUCUUGAAAAUAUUGAGGAACCGCUGAAAAGUUUUGUUUGGGAGUUUGAAAAGGGAGAUUUUCAUCACUGGGUUGAUCUUUUUAAUCAUUUUGAUACCUUUUUUGAGAAAUACAUAAAACCAAGGAAGGAUUUGCAGCUUGAUGACAACUUUUUGGAGUCUGAUCCUCCCUUCCCUAGGGAGGCUAUUAUUCAGAUUCUGCGUGUUAUAAGGGUAAUCUUGGAGAACUGCACAAAUAAGCACUUCUAUAGCUCAUACGAGCAUCAUUUGUCGUCUCUGCUUGCUUCCACUGAUGCAGAUGUAGUUGAGGCAUGCUUGCAAACUUUGGCUGCUUUUUUAAAGAAAACAAUUGGGAAGUAUAUCAUAAGAGAUACUUCUCUCAGGUCAAAAUUGUUUGCUUUUGCACAAGGUUGGGGAGGAAAAGAAGAAGGCCUCGGAUUAGUUGCUUGUGCUGUGCAGAAUGGUUCUGAUGCAGUUGCUCAUCAGUUGGGUUGCACCUUACACUUUGAGUUCUAUGCUGUAAAUGAAUCUUUAAAUGAGUUAGGUACUGCAGAGCAACAUCCCCAAGGGCUACAAAUCAUUCAUUUGCCCAAUGUUGACACCAGAAAGGAGUCUGAUUUGGAGCUGUUGAAUAAAUUAGUCGUAGAGUACAGAGUUCCCCCUAGUUUGAGAUUUUCUCUUUUGACAAGAUUGCGAUUUGCGAGGGCUUUUAGCUCCCUUGCCAUGCGACAACAAUAUACAUGCAUUCGCCUGUAUGCCUUUGUAGUUCUUGUUCAAGCAUGUACUGAUGCUGAUGACUUGGUCUCUUUCUUUAAUGCUGAGCCGGAAUUCAUCAAUGAAUUGGUUACCUUGUUAAGCUAUGAAGCUGCGAUCCCUGAGAAGGAUUUGCAGCUUGAUGACAACUUUUUGGAGUCUGAUCCUUCCUUCCCUAGGGAGGCUAUUAUUCAGAUUCUGCGUGUUAUAAGGGUAAUCUUGGAGAACUGCACAAAUAAGCACUUCUAUAGCUCAUACGAGCAUCAUUUGUCGUCUCUGCUUACUUCCACUGAUGCAGAUGUAGUUGAGGCAUGCUUGCAAACUUUGGCUGCUUUUUUAAAGAAAACAAUUGGGAAGUAUAUCAUAAGAGAUACUUCUCUCAGGUCAAAAUUGUUUGCUUUUGCACAAGGUUGGGGAGGAAAAGAAGAAGGCCUCGGAUUAGUUGCUUGUGCUGUGCAGAAUGGUUCUGAUGCAGUUGCUCGUCAGUUGGGUUGCACCUUACACUUUGAGUUCUAUGCUGUAAAUGAAUCUUUAAAUGAGUUAGGUACUGCAGAGCAACAUCCCCAAGGGCUACAAAUCAUUCAUUUGCCCAAUGUUGAUACCAGAAAGGAGUCUGAUUUGGAGCUGUUGAAUAAAUUAGUUGUAGAGUACAGAGUUCCCCCUAGUUUGAGAUUUUCUCUUUUGACAAGAUUGCGAUUUGCGAGGGCUUUUAGCUCCCUUGCCAUGCGACAACAAUAUACAUGCAUUCGCCUGUAUGCCUUUGUAGUUCUUGUUCAAGCAUGUACUGAUGCUGAUGACUUGGUCUCUUUCUUUAAUGCUGAGCCGGAAUUCAUCAAUGAAUUGGUUACCUUGUUAAGCUAUGAAGCUGCGAUCCCUGAGAAGAUUCGGAUUUUGAGUAUUCUUUCCUUGGUUGCCAUUUGUCAGGAUCGAGCACGUCAGCCUACUGUAUUGACUGCUGUAACAUCUGGUGGGCACCGUGGUAUUCUAUCUAGCCUUAUGCAAAAAGCCAUUGAUUCCAUUGUGAAUAGUUCAUCAAAAUGGUCUGUUGUUUUUGCGGAGGCUUUGUUAUCUCUCGUCACUGUUUUGGUCUCAUCAUCAUCAGGCUGCUCAGCCAUGCGCGAAGCAGGAUUUAUACCUACUCUUUUGCCUCUACUUAAAGAUAUGGACCCUCAGCAUUUGCAUUUGGUCAGCAUGGCUGUACAUGUGCUAGAAGCCUUCAUGGAUUAUAGCAACCCUGCUGCUGCACUUUUCAGGGACUUGGGUGGUUUGGAUGAUACCAUAUCACGUCUAAAGGUAGAAGUGUCUCAUAUAGAAAAUGGCUCAAAGCAGCUAAGCUCUUCCAUUGUUGACCUUGACAGUUCUGAAUCUAGCAGUUCACAAGCAGUCACGGAGUCUUCUUCUGAUCUAGAUAACAUGCAGCCUCUUUAUUCAGAAGCAUUGGUUGCAUAUCAUCGACGGUUACUGAUGAAAGCCUUGUUGCGUGCAAUAUCCUUGGGAACCUAUGCUCCUGGAGCCACUGCUCGUAUUUCUGGUUCAGAAGAGAGCUUGUUGCCACGUUGCUUAUCCAUAAUUUUCAGGAGAGCAAAAGAUUUUGGUGGUGGGUUGUUCUCUCUUGCUGCAACUGUGAUGAGUGAUCUCAUUCACAAAGAUCCUACCUGCUUUGGUGCUCUAGAAGAGGCAGGUCUUCCUGCCACGUUUAUGGAUGCUAUUAUGGACGGUGUAUUAUGUUCUUCUGAAGCUAUUAGUUGCAUACCGCAGUGCCUCGAUGCCUUGUGUUUGAAUAACAAUGGCCUUCAGGCUGUGAAAGAUCACAAUGCUUUAAGGUGCUUUGUGAAAAUUUUUACAUCUAGGACAUACUUGCGUGCCCUUACUGGUGACACUCCAGGUUCCUUGUCUAGUGGUCUGGAUGAACUAAUGCGUCAUGCUUCACAAUUGCGUGGACCUGGAGUGGAUAUGUUGAUUGAAAUACUGAACAACAUUACAAAACUUGGUUCUGGCCCUGAAUCUGCUUCCUCUACUGAUUCGCCAGGCUCUACUGGACAUGUCCCCAUGGAAACUGAUGUUGAGGAUAAGUGCAUGGCUGUAGCAGAUGGUAGGGAUUUGUGCAAGGUUGAAAGCUCGGAGCAAGCAGUUGAAACAUCUUUGGAUGCCUCAAUAGUAAAUAUUGAAUCUUUUCUUCCUGAUUGUAUAGGCAAUGCUGCUCGUCUUCUUGAAACAAUCCUACAGAAUUCUGAUGCCUGCCGUAUCUUUGUUGAGAAAAAGGGAAUUGAGGCUGUCUUGCAGUUGUUUGUGUUGCCUUCCAUGCCUCUUUCCGUUUCUGUUGGUCAAAGCAUAUCUGUUGCAUUUAAGAACUUCUCCCCGCAGCACUCUGUUUCUCUAGCUCGUGCAGUAUGUUCCUUCUUGAGAGACCAUUUGAAGGCGACAGUUGAACUUUUAGUUUCAGUGGAAGGCAUGCCACUUGCUCAGCUGGAAGUUGCACAGAGAUCGAAAUUCUUGAGAUGCCUUUCCAGUCUUGAAGGGAUACUGUCUCUUGCCAAUUCUUUGUUGAAGGGUACAACUACCAUUAUUUCUGAACUCGGUUCGGCAGAUUCUGAUGUGUUUAAGGAUCUUGGCAGGGUUUAUAGGGAUACACUAUGGCAAGUAUCUUUGUGUUGUGACACAAAGGCUGACGAGAAGCGGAAUGUUGAAGCAGAGCCUGAAAGUGCUGAGGGUGGUGUUUCUAAUGCAGCUGGAAGAGAGAGUGACGAUGAUGCAAACAUUGUCUCGUACAGGUAUACAAAUCCAGUUACUGUCAGGACGAGUUCUCACUCCCCUUGGGGUCUGGAACGGGAGUUUAUUUCUGUUGUUCGUUCAAGUGAAGGUUUUAAUCGUCGUAGUCGACAUGGUUUGGCACGUUUAAGGGGAGCAAGGGCUGGCAGGCAUUUGGAAUCUUUGCAAAUAGAUCCUGAAAGUGCAGCUAAUGGCACAGAGCCUGCUACCCAGGAUUUGAAGAAGAAAAGUCCUGAGGUUCUUGUUUUAGAGACACUUACAAAACUUGCUUCCAGCAUACGUACUUUCUUCACUGCUCUUGUCAAGGGAUUUACAUCUCCAAACCGUCGAAGGACUGAGACAGGAUCUUUGAGUUCAGCUUCAAAAAUCAUUGGAAGUGCCUUAUCUAAAGUUUUUCAAGAGGCUUUUGGGUUUUCAGGAUAUUCUUACUCUUCUGGGCAUGAAAUUUCACUGUCAGUCAAGUGUCGCUAUCUUGGGAAGUUGGUUGAUGAUAUGGUGGCUCUUACAUUUGAUGGUAGGCGUCGGACCUGUUACACAGUGAUGAUCAACAAUUUUUAUGUUCAUGGAACUUUUAAGGAGGUUCUAAGAACAUUUGAAGCUACAAGUGCGUUGCUGUGGACACUACCUUAUUCGCUUCCAGCUUCUGGUCUUGAUCAUGAAAAGAAUGCUGAGGAAGGCAAAUUGUCUCACAGUUCGUGGCUGCUUGAUACAUUGCAGAGUUAUUGUCGCCUUCUUGAAUAUUUUAUCAAUUCUUCUUUGCUGUUGUCUCCAACCUCAGCAUCCCAGGCACAGCUGCUUGUGCAACCUGUGGCAGUUGGUCUGUCUAUUGGAUUGUUUCCUGUUCCUAAGGACCCUGAAGUGUUUGUUCGUAUGCUGCAGUCUCAGGUUCUGGAUGCUAUAGUUCCCAUCUGGAAUCACCCUUUGUUUCCAAAUUGUAAUCCAGUUUUUAUAACUUCUAUUAUUUCACUAAUCACUCAUGUAUAUUCUGGUGUUGGUGAUGUUAAACAAAAUCGUAGUGGGUUGUUAGGGAAUACAAACCAACGUUUGGUGGCUCCACCACCUGAUGAAGCUACCAUUGCUACCAUUGUUGAGAUGGGGUUCUCAAGAGCAAGAGCUGAGGAGGCAUUAAGAAGAGUGGAAACUAAUAGUGUCGAAAUGGCUAUGGAAUGGUUAUUUAGUCAUGCUGAAGAUCCUGUGCUGGAGGAUGAUGAAUUGGCUCGUGCACUUGCUUUAUCUCUAGGAAAUUCCUCAGAAGCAUCUAAAGUCGAUAACACAGAAAAAUCAGUGGAUGUUUUGGCAGAAGAGGAACAAAUUAAGACCCCUUCUGUUGAUGACAUCCUUGCUGCAACAAUGAAGUUGUUUCACAGUAGUGAUUCAAUGGCUUUCCAGUUGACAGAUUUGCUUGUGACUCUUUGCAAUAGGAACAAAGGAGAAGACCGUGAUCAGGUGAUUCCUUAUCUUGUAAAGCAGCUAAAGCAGUGCCCCAUGGAAUUCUCAAAGGAUAAUAGUGCAUUGUGCAUGGUUUCACAUACUUUAGCAUUGAUUUUAUCUGAAGAUGAAAAUGCUCGACAAAUUGCUGUGCAGAGUGGCAUUGUCCCAUUGGCAAUUGAUAUCUUGAUGAACUUCAAAGCAAGGACUACUUCAGGAAAUGAGAUUUUGAGCCCGAAAUGUAUUAGUGCUUUACUUCUAAUCCUGGAUAAUUUGUUGCAAUCCAGGCCCAGAAUCUCUCGUGAAAGUACGGAAGAGACUGCAGCAGGACCAAUACCUGACUCAUCAGAGGAACAUGUUGCAUCUCCAGUUCUGGAAGAUGUUGCUGAGAAAAAAUCCACUCCUCUUUUGCAGGAUAAAGAAAGUAGCACCAUCUUUGAGAAAACAUUUGGAAAACCUACAGGCUUUUUGACGAUGGAAGAUUGUGGUAAUGUAUUGAUUAUUGCUUGUGACUUGAUAAACCAGCAUGUACCAGCUUUGGUUAUGCAGGCCGUUCUUCAGUUAUGUGCUCGCUUGACAAAACAACAUGCUCUGGCUUUGCAAUUUCUUGAAAAUGGUGGCUUGGCAGCUCUAUUUGGUCUUCCAAGGAGUUGCUUUUUUCCAGGGUAUGAUACCUUGGCAUCUGCAAUUAUUCGACAUCUUAUUGAAGACCCUCAGACACUGCAAACAGCUAUGGAAUUGGAGAUACGACAAACUCUAAGUGGAAAUCGUCAUGUUGGUCGUGUCUCUGUUAGAACAUUUCUGACAUCAAUGGCACCUGUUAUAUCUAGAGAUCCAGGGGUCUUUAUGAAAGCAGCAACUGCUGUUUGUCAGUUGGAAUCAUCUGGAGGAAGGACCACAAUUGUGUUAUCAAAAGAAAAAGAUCGAGAGAAGGAGAAAGAGAAACAAAAAGCUUCUGGUGUUGAAGCUGGGAUGGCUUCCAAUGAUUCUGUUCGAAUAUCUGAUAAUAAAAUGCAUGAUGGACCUGCAAAGUGCUCUAAAGCCCACAAGAAGGUUCCUGUGAAUCUCACUCUGGUGGUGGAUCAACUUCUUGAAAUUGUAUUGACAUUUCCAUUGAAGAAAAGUGACGAAGAUUUCGCUGCUUAUGAGAAUGCUAUGGAGGUAGAUGAAUCUACAACCAAGAUAAAGGGAAAGUCCAAGGUUGAUGAGACGAGGAAUGCUGAGACAAAUAGUUUUUCAGAGAAAUCUGCAGGUCUGGCUAAGGUGACAUUUGUUCUCAAGUUACUGAGUGAUAUUCUUUUGAUGUAUGUACAUACUGCUGGAGUAAUUUUGAGACGGGGUAUUGAACUGUCUCAACUUCGGGGAUCUAAUCAAUUAGACUGCUCUGGACAGGGUGGAAUCAUCCAUCAUGUUUUACAUCGGCUUCUUCCCCUUCCAAUUGAUAAAACUGCAGGUCCAGACGAAUGGAAAAAUAAGCUUUCUGAAAAGGCUUCCUACUUUUUGGUUGUUCUUUCCAGCCGCUCAGGUGAAGGGCGUAGGCGAGUGAUUAACGAACUUGCAAAAGCAUUAUCUCCAUUUUCAAAUUCAGAAAGUAAUUCAUCCAGUUGUAGCUUUUUGCCAGAUAAAAAGGUCCUUGCUUUUGUUGAUUUGGUAUAUGCUAUUUUAUCUAAGAACUCAUCUUCCAGUAAUUUACCUGGCUCUGGUUGCUCUCCUGAUGUGGCCAAAAGCAUGAUAGAAGAGGGGAUGGCUCGGUGUUUGUCUGGCAUUCUGCAGAAACUCGAUUUGGACCACCCUGAUGCUCCAAAAAUUGUGAAUCUCAUACUCAAGUCUUUGGAAAGCCUAACAAGAGCUGCUAAUGCUAGUGAGCAACUAGCAAAGUCUGACUGUUUGAACAAGAAAAAAGCUGUUGGCGUCAGUGGAAGAUCUGAUGAGAAUGUAAAUGUAACCUCAGCCUCUCGAACAGCAGAGUCUAAUGGUCAUGGAAACUGCCAACAGGAAGCCACGGGUGCUGCAAGUUCAGAACAACAGCCUCCAGAAAGCUCCCAAAAUGGAGGUGAUGGGGGUAGAGAUUCAAUCCAGUCUAUGGAGCAUGAAAUGAGGAUAGAGGAGUCUGCAAAUGGAAAUCCACCUUUGGAACUUGGGUUGGAUUAUGUGCGUGAGGAUAUGGAAGAAGCUGGUGUCAUGGAAAACAGAGAUCAAAUUGGUAUGGCCUUUCAUGCUGAGAAUAGGGUAGUUGAUGAUAUGGGCGAUGAAGAUGAUGACAUGGGCGAUGAUGGCGAGGAUGAUGAGGAUGAUGAUGACGGGGACGAAGAGGAUGAAGAUAUUGGAGAAGAUGGCACUGCACUGAUGUCUCUAGCUGAUACUGAUGUGGAGGAUCAUGAUGAAGCUGGUGGGGAUGAAUAUAACGAGGAUAUGGUUGAUGAAGAGGAUGAUGAUUUCCAUGAGAAUCGUGUUAUUGAGGUUAGGUGGAGGGAAGCCCUAGAUGGGCUGGAUCAUUUACAAGUACUUGGGCAACCAGGAACUGGGGGUGGACUCAUUGAUGUUGCUGCGGAGCCCUUUGAAGGAGUGAAUGUGGAUGACCUUUUUGGCCUUCGUAGAACUUUUGGAUUUGAACGUCGCCGUCAGAUAAACAGAAAUUCGUUUGAGCGAUCUGCCACAGAUAGGACUGGUCUUCGACAUCCUCUCCUCUCGAGGCCAUCACCAUCUUCUGAUUUGGUUUCAAUGUGGUCUGCAACUGGAAAUGCAGCCAGGGAUGUUGAAGGUUUCUCUACCGGAAAUCUUGAUGCAUCUCAUUUUUACAUGUUUGAUGCUCCAGUUCUUCCCUAUGACAAUGCACCAUCUAGUCUCUUUGGUGAUCGAGUAGGUGGUUCAGCACCGCCACCAUUGGCAGAUUUUUCUGUUGGUUUGGAGUCUCUUCGAGUGCCUGGGCGAAGGGUGUCUGGUGAUGGCCGGUGGACAGAUGAUGGCCAACCCCAAGCUGGUGGUCAAGCUGCAACUGUUGCUCAGGCAAUUGAAGAACUGUUCAUAUCUCAAAUGAGCAACAAUGCUCCCAAUCAUCUGAAUGAAAGGCUGUCAGAAAACACGUCUGCGAAACAGCAGGCAGAUACCCUCUUGGUUGCUGAUAGUCAAGUGCCACUAGAUGGUGAUAGCACUGUUGCUCAACAGCAUGAUGUACAAAUUCAGGAGAAUGAUCCUGGAAUUGAUCGAUUAGGUGAAGGUCAGUGUUCUCAGGAAGCAGUUGAUCGGGAGGUUGUUACUGAACAAGCAGGUGAUCCCCAUCAACUGAGUGAACCUGCAGCCAAUUUAAUUUCGGAGAACACUCCAGAAGCACAGGAUAUCAUGGAAACUGGGGAAGAAAAUGGCAGUGCCAUGGAGCAAUUAAGUGUUAUGCAGGGUUCAGUUGCCCCAUCAAUGUACUCACAGGCUGAUCCAGUUGGUUCUAGGAGUUCUGAUGGACUUGGUAGUCCCCAUUAUUUGCACCUGCAAAAUUUAGGCCAUCAUAGCCCUUCAGCAGCUGAUAGUCAGUCUAGUAAUCAUGCACUUAUAAUUACUGGGUCAGAUAUGCCGGAUGCUACUCUUAGUCAUGCUUCUUCUGUCAAUGCUGAUGUUGAUAUGAAUGCAGUGUUUAUGGAAGGAGACCAGUCUUAUCAAUUGCUAUCUACUUCGGACGUCAACGGAGAGGAGCCAUCCUAUAGGCAGAUUGAGGUUGUCCAAGAGGCUAGUCAGACUGAUGAAACUAAUGUGAAUAAUGACGCUUCUAAUGGCAAUGGUAUUGAUCCAACCUUUUUGGAAGCACUUCCUGAAGAUCUGCGAGCAGAAGUUCUUGCCUCACAGCAAGCCCAGUCCACUCAGCCUCCAACUUAUACUCCACCAGCAGCUGAAGACAUAGAUCCAGAGUUUUUAGCAGCUCUUCCUCCAGAUAUACAAGCAGAAGUUCUGGCACAACAAAGAGCACAAAGGGUUGCACAGCAGGCUGCUGGGCAGCCUGUUGAAAUGGAUAAUGCCUCAAUUAUUGCCACUUUCCCGGCUGAUUUGCGUGAAGAGGUGCUUUUAACAUCUUCAGAAGCAGUUUUAUCUGCUUUGCCCUCUCCUCUGCUUGCUGAAGCACAAAUGCUGAGGGACAGAGCAAUGAGUCAUUAUCAAGCUCGCAGCUUGUUUGGAGGUAGCCACAGGUUUAACCAUCGGAGAAAUGGCUUGGGCUUUGAUAGGCAUGCGGUGAUGGACCGAGGUGUUGGGGUUACAAUUGGCAGGAGGGCGUCGUCUUCUAUUACAGAGAGUUUGAAGUUGAAGGAACUUGAAGGGGAGCCACUCUUGGAUGCAGACUCCUUGAAGGCAUUGAUUCGUCUCUUGCGAUUAGCACAACCUCUUGGUAAAGGUCUUCUGCAACGACUCUUGUUGAACUUAUGUGCGCACAGUAGUACAAGAGCCAUUCUUGUUCGUCUUCUGCUUGAUGCCCUCAAGCCUGUAAACGAAGGAUCAGUUGGUGGACUGACAACAUCGAAUUCACUAAGGCUUUACGGGUGUCAGUCCAAUGUUGUUUAUGGCCGAUCUCAGUUGUUUGAUGGCCUUCCUCCACUGGUGUUGCGUCGGAUUCUUGAGAUUUUGACUUACCUUGCCAACAAUCAUUCAGCUGUUGCCAGUCUUCUGUUCUUUUUUGAUUCUUCUCUUGUUCCAGAGGCCCUAAAUGCAGACACUUCAGAAACCAAGAAGGAUAAAGGCAAGGAGAAAAUGUUGGAAGGAGACAACCAAUCAAACAGUUUGGGAUGCUCUGAAAAGGGCGAUAUCUCUUUGAUAUUGUUUCUCAAACUCUUGAGUCAACCUCUGUUCUUACGCAGCAUUGCUCAUCUUGAGCAGGUCAUGGGUCUCAUUCAAGUGGUGGUACACACUGCAGUAUCCAAAUUAGAAUGUCAAUCUCAUUCUGAAGAAGCAGCAGCUCACAUUCAAAAUCCAUCCAGUGGUGGGAAUAUUGGUGAUGUUGAGAAAGACAGUUCUUUGUUACCAGUUGAAUCAAAUCAUCAAGAUGAUGAAAGCAACCCUGCUAGGAAAUCCACCCCACACUGUGAGAAGAACAUGAACAUCUAUCAUAUAUUCUUGCAGCUUCCACAAUCUGAUCUGCACAAUCUCUGCAGCAUUCUUGGCCAUGAGGGGCUUUCAGACAAGAUUUACAUGCUUGCUGGUGAGGUGCUGAAGAAGUUGGCCUCUGUUGCUGCUCCUCAUCGCAAAUUCUUCAUUUCAGAGCUUUCAGGCUUAGCUCAAGAAUUGAGCAGCUCAGCUGUUAAUGAGCUUAUCACUCUUAGAAAUACACACAUGUUGGGUUUGAGUGCUGGAUCCAUGGCUGGUGCUGCUGUUCUUCGGGUGCUGCAAACAUUAAGUACAUUCACUUCUGUGAGCAAUGAUAGUAACAGGGACACAAUGACUAUUGAGGAACAGGAAGAGCAUGCUAAUACGUGGAAGCUAAAUGUGGCUCUGGAACCACUGUGGCAAGAACUGAGUGAAUGCAUUAGCGCUAUGGAGUCAGAGCUUACACAAAGCUGUUUGUCUUCUGUUAUGCCCAAUGUUAACAUUGGGGAGCAUAUACAGGGUUCUUCAUCUGUGUCUCCGCCUCUUCCUCCUGGAACUCAAAGACUUUUGCCAUUUAUUGAGGCCUUCUUUGUCUUGUGUGAGAAACUACAGGCACACAAUUCUUUCAUUCACCAAGAUUAUGCUGAUGCUACUGCAAGAGAGGUGAAAGAGUCUGCAGGGAGUCCAGUUUUGUUUUCUAGCAAAUACAGUUUGGAUUCUCACAGGAGAAUUGAUGGGACUUUGACAUUUACUCGGUUUUCUGAGAAGCAUCGUCGCCUUCUAAAUGCCUUUGUCAGGCAGAAUCCUGGGCUGUUGGAAAAGUCUCUUUCUAUGUUGCUGAAAGCGCCACGGCUUAUUGAUUUUGACAACAAGCGAGCUUAUUUCCGCUCAAGAAUACGGCAACAGCAUGAGCAACACCUCUCAGGGCCUUUACGAAUAAGUGUCCGGCGAGCAUAUGUAUUAGAGGAUUCAUACAAUCAGUUGCGGAUGCGACCAACUCAGGACCUGAAGGGCCGACUAAACGUCCAUUUUCAAGGUGAAGAGGGUAUUGAUGCCGGUGGGUUGACACGAGAAUGGUACCAACUGCUCUCCAGGGUUGUAUUUGACAAAGGGGCUUUGCUAUUCACCACUGUGGGAAACAAUGCUACUUUCCAGCCAAACCCAAAUUCUGUCUAUCAGACUGAACAUCUCUCUUAUUUUAAAUUUGUAGGCCGCGUGGUUGCUAAGGCACUGUUUGAUGGGCAACUGUUAGAUGUGUACUUUACGCGAUCAUUCUACAAGCAUAUCCUUGGUGUGAAGGUGACUUAUCAUGAUAUAGAGGCUGUUGAUCCAGAUUAUUAUAAAAACCUGAAAUGGAUGCUGGAGAAUGAUGUGAGCGAUGUACCUGAUCUCACAUUCUGCAUGGAUGCUGAUGAAGAAAAGCACAUUCUGUAUGAGAAAACAGAGGUAACUGGUUAUGAGCUUAAACCUGGCGGAAGCAACAUAAGAGUCACAGAGGAAACAAAGCAUGAAUAUGUGGAUCUUGUGGCUGACCAUAUUCUGACAAAUGCAAUACGGCCUCAAAUUAAUUCCUUCAUGGAGGGCUUCAAUGAAUUAGUGCCAAAGGAACUUAUAUCUAUCUUUAAUGAUAAAGAGCUUGAGCUGCUAAUAAGUGGUCUUCCAGAAAUAGAUUUGGAUGAUUUAAAGGCCAACACCGAGUACACAGGAUACACAGCUGCAUCUUGUGUUGUUCAGUGGUUUUGGGAAGUUGUCAAAGGCUUCAAUAAGGAAGAUAUGGCAAGAUUAUUGCAAUUUGUUACUGGUACAUCUAAGGUUCCUUUGGAGGGCUUUAAGGCAUUGCAAGGUAUUUCUGGUGCUCAGAGGUUUCAAAUUCACAAGGCAUAUGGAGCUCCUGAAAGACUGCCAUCAGCUCAUACAUGUUUCAACCAACUGGACCUCCCCGAAUAUACGUCGAAGGAACAGCUUCAAGAGCGCUUGCUACUGGCUAUCCAUGAAGCUAGUGAAGGAUUUGGCUUUGGAUAAAAUAUCUCAGAAGUGUCUGCCUAGAAGUUGGUGGAAUUUGAUACUGCAAUUUCAUGUACAUAUCAUGAAGCAUUAAAGCUCAAAUCAGAUAUUCGUAGCAUACAAGUCAAAUUGAAUUUUCGACUUAACGGGGAUGCAUCAGAUUUUCGAAGUUUGAGAUGGGGGUAAUUUCAGGCACCGUCGCCCUUUUCUGAAGCAAAUUUUUGUGUCUUUGAUCCCGUGGCUAGGAAAUUGGUUAUUUAUGGCUCCUUGCCACAUCUAUGGAUCAGGAGACGCAUAAUUAAUGAAGACUCAUUUGUAUAUACAUUCUUUUUUGUUUUUAUAUAUUAAUAUCUGCUGGGGAGAAGUUUUUCCUUUUUGUGCAUGAUGGCCUUGAGACUCCUAUAUCUAAAUAAAUAUUCGUGGAUGAAGCUUUCUAAGAUAUCAUCAUCAAUUUU